AUGAAUAUCCAUCGAGUUCACUUUGGCCUUUUUCUCAGCGUUAUUUUAGUAUCCUUUCAAAACGUCUUUGGAAACAAUUUUAGCCCAUCAACUGACUUGAACGACGAGCAACAAAUUUGGCUGGACGACUACAGUGGUGGUAACUUUGUGGGUUUCGACCACUACGUGAACUCUGAUUCUGAUGUGAUAAAAAGAAGUGCAGCCUUCGGUCGAGCACAUUUUCGUCCUGGGAAACGCAGCAACGAUUACAUAAAGUUAGACACUGGGUUUUUAGACGAUGAUAAAUCAAAACGAUCAGUCGUAACCGGCAGAGCUCGUUUUAGACCUGCCAAACGGGCCGUAUUGUUUCCGGAAUGGAACCAAUACUUCAAAACAAAUGUAAAGAGGUUAGUGGCCACAGGUCGGGCACAUUUCCGACCAGCGAAACGCUAUUCGGGAUUCCCAUUAGCUGCAGGACACGAUUUACUCAUGUAA